UAAAUAUUACAACAUUUCACAUUAUCAUAAUAAAGUUUACCUUUACGAAGUAUUUAGAUACAAAAAUAAAAAUUUAAGGCAUUUAUAUAUUUUGUUCGUUCUUAAUUAUUUAUUGGCUUUAUAUUGAUUUUACCUAAACUAGUAAUAAAAUAAAUAAUCCUUUAGUUUUAAUCCAUCAAAAUGAUAACAUUAUGGAAUUUAUUCGAAGCAAGUCUUCUAUGUUUAAAUGCUGUUUGCGUCCUUCACGAAGAAAGAUUUAUGCAAAAAAUGGGCUGGGGAACAAACACACAACAACAAGGUUUUGAAGACCAAUCAACUAUAAAAUAUCAGAUAUUAAAUUUAGUACGUUCUAUCAGGACAGUUACAAGAAUUCCACUUAUUAUUCUAAAUAUACUAACUAUACUUUUUAAGUUACUCCUAGGAUAGCAAAUAUUACUUCUAAAUAUAUUUUGGUAAACAUAUGAAAUAGCUUCCGAAAUGCAAGAUUGCAAUACAGUGUGCUAUUGUUUUGUAUACUUUGUAAGUAAACUGUUUAAACACU